UACUUUUGUGGCCUGCACCUAUCUUCAUACGACGAUAUACGAGGGCCUCAAGGCCUGAUGAGGUGCUUGAUCGCACGACUGCUCAUGGAGCUCGAUACUAGCGGCGGUCCCAGCCCGAAUCUCGGGUUCGUGGACGUCCCUUACCUUGAGGCAUUGCAGCGCCGGGACAUCACAUACCUCUGCCACCUUUUCUCCUCCAUCAUGGUGCAGUUCGCGCCCGGUACAACCAUAUACUGCAUGAUAGACGGGAUCACAUGGUACGAGCGCUCGAAUAUGCUCGAAGACCUGCUUCAUAUCACGCAGAGUCUAUACAGACUUGUCGAUGGACGGUACUCCAGAUGUCGACUGAAGGUGCUGAUUACGAGUCCAUUCCGGCCAGGCCAACUCGCCUCGGGCAUCCCGGCACAUCAACAG